AUGCCCAGGUGGGAGCAGGCCCUGACCGGGCGGAGGGUUCGGGUGGGCUCAGGCGCCGGCCCCAGACGUCAGGCACCUGUCCGUGAUGACUGGCUCUGUUUUAUUUUCCAAGGUAGAAAUAACUCGGGGUUUAUGUGGGUAACUAGGAUUUCUAGAUUUAGCAGAUCUAAAAAGUUGUGUCUAUCUGAUUUAAAAUGUAACUGGGUGAACUGUAUUUCAUCUAGAAGCCCAAUCUUAACAGGAGGACCAUCCCUGUUAACAGCCCAGCCAACACUGAAAGGAAAAUGGAGAACUGUGUAUGAUCACACCCCCGCCAAAGGAUGA